AUGGCAUCAUCUUCGUCUCGUAGUAGGGUGUUAAAUCCCGGCCCCGAGGAUGGUUCAUUACUGCGCUAUCAGUCUAUUCAUGUUUUAGAGCAUAUUUGGGAUGGUCGUGAACACCCAAUAUUGAGAGUGAGAAGAGGUCAUUUCAUACAUGCUGGCAUGGAGGGAGUACCAGUAGAGAUUAUUCCUCAUUUGACAGUAGCAGGAUUUGCUGGAGUAGUACAGUUGGCUACUAUUCCUAUUGACCGCCAAUUGAUUACAGCGUUGGUAGAAAGAUGGAGGCCAGAGACCCAUACAUUUCACAUGGCCCCUGGAGAGUGUGCUAUUACUCUUCAAGACAUUGCUAUUCAGAUGGGUCUUCGUAUUGAUGGAAGACCAGUUAUUGCCCCUACAGGAGGUGACAGGGCAUAA